AUGGAGGCGAAGAUCGAUGCAUUGGAGGGAGAGCUCGCGGUGAUGCGCUCGUCUUUGGCAGCGGUGACGACGGCAGUCAAAGAUCUUCCAACGUCACUUGUGGCGAUGCUGGAACGAUCCUUGGGAAAAUCCUUACAAAUGGAGAAUGCGAGUGAUAACCAGGAGAAAGGGGAAAGCUCCGGAGGAGGAACGCCGGCAGCGACAAGGGAAACUGUGAGUGAACGGAGGAAUCGCCACUUGCAAGGAGACGCACUGACUGAGUUCCGUCAGUCGGUGAAGAAGGUGGAGCUGCCACUCUUCGAUGGUCGUGAUCCAGCUGGUUGGAUCUCACGAGCGGAGGUGUAUUUCAGGGUACCGGAGACGUCACCAGAAGUGAGGGUGAGCUUGGCACAACUGAGCAUGGAAGGAUCCACCAUCCACUUCUUCAAUGCCUUGUUCGAAGCUGAAGACCCACUGACUUGGGAGAAGCUCUGCGGUGCCUUGCUGGAACGCUACGGCGGUCAUGGCGAUGGUGAUGUAUACGAGCAAUUGACGGCGCUGCGUCAAAAGGGCACGGUUGAAGAAUAUAUUACUGAAUUCGAGUACCUCAUAGCCCAAAUUCCUAAAUUGCCCGAUAAGAAAUUUCAGGGAUACUUCUUGCAUGGGUUGAAGGAAGAGAUAAGGGGAAAGGUGCGGAGCUUGGCGGCGAUGGGCGGAGUAACCCGAUCGAAGUUACUCUUGAUCGCUCGAGCUGUUGAGAAGGAGGUGAAAGGAGCUAGCGGGUCGGGCUACGCUCGGAGCUCCCAUUUUGGUGGAACGGGUUUCAGAUCCGGGGCUGGGGGCUCGGGUCGACCCGGAGGCACCGAUUGGGUCAUGGUGAAAGGCAUGAAGGAUAAUGGGCCGCUAAACAACAAACCUGUUUUUAAUGGCCCAAAGCCAGACCAAAAACCAGCAGCGGACCAAAGACGCUCGGGCCCACGAGACCGAGGUUUUUCACACCUCACCUACCAAGAAUUAUUGGAACAGAAGCAAAAAGGCCAAUGCUUCAAAUGCGGUGGCCCCUAUCACCCAAUGCAUCAAUGUCCGGACAAGCAACUUAAGGUGUUGCUGGUAGAAGACGGUGAUGAAGAAGCUUCAGAAGGGAACAUUCUUGCAGUUGAGAUGAACGAGGAAGAAGAGGAGAUCGACGGCGAGCUGAGUGUGAUGAGUCUGUACAACCUCGCCGGCGAAAACCGCGAGCAACCACAAACUAUGAGGUUGCAGGGGAAGAUUAAUGGUGUCCCCGUCCUAGUCCUGGUCGAUAGCGGGGCCACUCACAACUUUAUUGAUCAAAAGGUGGUUCAGAGGAUGGGGUGGGAGGUGGAAGACACACCCCGCUUGUCAAUCAAAUUAGGGGAUGGUUUCCAGUCCCACACCAGAGGACGUUGCAAACGGAUCGAGCUCGAGAUGGGAGAGUAUCAGCUCACUUGCUCUCCCCACCUCUUUGAUUUAGGAGGGCCAGACGUUGUGCUGGGAAUAGAAUGGCUCAAAACGCUUGGGGAUACCAUUGCAAAUUGGAGCAAGCAUACCUUGAGUUUCUGGAGCGGCAUACAGUGGGUCAGGCUACAAGGGGUGAGUUAUGGUAAAGACCCCACGGUAGCUUUGCAGAGUAUUUUAAGCAAGACUGGGAGGAUGGGUCCUGGAGUUCUGAGAUCCAUAGGCCAAGCACACCCUACUGAAAUUGACCCACCACAGUUGUCGGCUACGCAACAAGAAGAAUUACAGAGUAUGCUAAGUAACUAUGCUGAGGUAUUUGAAUCCAAACAGGGACUUCCACCAAGUAGGAACAAGGAACAUUGCAUCAACAUUAAGGAGGGCUAUGGGCCAGUGAAUGUAAGACCGUAUCGCUAUCCCCACUUGCACAAAAACGAGAUAGAAAAGCAAGUACAAGAGAUGUUGGCAGUGGGAAUUAUUCGUCACAGCUCCAGUGCGUAUUCCAGCCCGGUGAUUUUAGUGAAGAAAAAGGAUCAGACCUGGCGCAUGUGUGUAGACUAUCGCGCUCUGAACAAGGCAACUGUCCCAGACAAGUUUCCGAUUCCGGUCAUUGAGGAGCUUCUAGAUGAAUUGAAUGGCGCCAGAUAUUUCUCAAAGCUCGAUCUGAAAUCAGGGUACCACCAAGUUUGUGUGAAAGCGGAGGAUGUGCAUAAGACUGCAUUCAGAACACACGAAGGGCAUUACGAAUUCAUGGUAAUGCCAUUCGGGCUCAUGAAUGCCCCGUCAACGUUCCAAAGCUUGAUGAACGAGGUCUUUCGAUCCAUGUUGAGGAAAGGAGUUUUAGUUUUCUUCGAUGAUAUACUUGUCUAUAGCAGCAAUUGGGAGACACACUUGGCUCACUUGGACAAGGUGCUGCAGCUCCUGCAACAGCAGAGUUUGACGGCUAAUCGGAAAAAAUGUCAAUUUGCACAGCGGUCGGUGGAAUACUUGGGGCAUAUAAUAUCUGAACGAGGAGUAGCAGUGGACCCAAGCAAGGUGGUUAGUGUCACGAAAUGGCCAGUACCUAAGAAUGUCAAAGGCGUGAGGGGUUUCCUCGGGUUAACGGGUUAUUACAGGAAGUUUAUCCGAGACUAUGGUAAAAUCGCAAAACCUCUCACAGAGCUCACCAAGAAGGAAGCAUUUCAGUGGGGACCUGCUGCUCAACAAGCAUUUGAUGCAUUGAAGGAGAAGCUAACAACUGCCCCUGUUUUAGCCUUACCAGAUUUUGGUAAAGAGUUUUUGAUAGAGUGUGAUGCUUCGGGGAGUGGGUUGGGAGCCAUCCUAAUGCAAGGCAAGAAUCCAAUAGCUUAUUUUAGCAAGGCUUUGGGAACACGAAACUUGGCUAAAUCCGCUUAUGAGAAAGAGUUGAUGGCGGUCGCAUUAGCAAUUCAACAUUGGAGACCUUACUUGUUGGGUCGGAAAUUCCUUGUGUCUACUGACCAGAAAAGCCUUAAGGAAUUACUACACCAGAAGAUUGUAACUGGUGAUCAACAGAAUUGGGCUGCUAAGCUAUUGGGGUAUAAUUUUGAUAUAAUCUACAAACCGGGUAAGUUGAACAAGGGGGCAGAUGCUCUAUCGCGGCUGGAAGAAUAUGGCGAGAAUCGGGCCAUGGUUACUUAUCCUCUGUGGGCAGAACAUAAAUUGGUGGCAGAGGAAACCCUGAGAGAUUAG